AGCUGUGCGGAGAGCUGUGCGUUGCCUCCUGCAGCGAGGGAUGUGUGGCAGAGGCAUGUGGGAGGAGAGAUGAGUCUGGGUUUCCACACGGAGCUCAUGAGCUGGCCAGAGGAUAUCCUGAGAUUUAGGGGGCCAGUUAACCUCUCUCUCUCUUUCUCUCUCUCUCUCUCUCUUUUUCUCUCUCUCUCCCUCUCUCUCAUUCUCUCUCUCUCUGUCGGACUUUGUUAAUACUGUGGGCACCUCAGAGAUCUCCACAGACAGACACUGGCCCCUUUGCUGCUUCUCCUCAGCUGAAUGAAGCACUGAAAGGAAAGUCCAGUACCAGGGGCUAAGCAGGAUGAGCUCUGUGGGGGCGAUGCCACCCGAGCGCUCCCCGUCCCGAGACUCGCAGGACUCCAUGGAGGACUACUGGAGCGAGGUCAAGAACAUCCAAGAGGACUGCCAGGGCAGCGGAGAGGAGGCCAUGGAGAGGGGCAGCAUCGACGAGGCAGAGCUGGAGGAGGCGUGGCUUCACGAAGCCGGCCUAUCAACGCUUGUGUCCGGCGCGCUCGGGGAGGGUCCCGCCGAGGCCCUGCUGUCCACCCUGACGCGCUCGCAGACGGCCAUGGUGAAGAAGCGGCUGGACAACUACACGCAGACCAUGCGCAAGAGGAACAAGCAGCCCAUGCGGCACGUGCGAGACGUGUUCAACACGCCAGACAGCUCGCCAGUUGACCCGCUACCCCCACCUCUCUCCCCCAGUGGACAGAUCGCUCCCAAACUGCCCCAUCGGACACCUACUAGGGCAGUGCCCUCAUCCCCGGUGUUCCAGUCAGCUGAAGAGACCUGUGUGUCCGAGUUUGACCCAGAGGAGUACAUCUUGUCAUUUGAUGUGCCCUACUCAGACGCCGGGACUGGACAUCGCAAAGGCAAAGGUUGCCAAGACUGCCAGAGGAUCAGAAAAGAUGACAAAGACCUGCCAACGUUUCAGAUUGUCAAGCCCAAACUGGGCCUCACAAGGGUGUACGACUUGUCGUCGGAGGACAUGAAGAAGAUUGGCUACUUUGCCCUGAUAGAGCUGACCACCUUCUACGAUGGCCUGGGCAUCGAGCUGAGGCGGAACCGCGUGGUGCGCAGCAAGACGCGAGAAAGCGGCAUAUUUGGGGUUCCCCUGACGACCCUCCUGGAAAACGACCAGAAAAAACUCCCCGGCUCCCGGGUUCCUCUGGUGUUCAGAAAGCUGCUGUCUAAGCUGGAGCAGACAGGCCUGCAAACGGAGGGGAUUCUCCGAGUGCCAGGAUCGGCUUCUAGAGUGAAGCAACUGCGUCAGGAGCUGGAGUCCAAGUUUUACGCCGAUGGCUUUGACUGGGAGCAGGUGCGGCACAACGACGCGGCAGGGCUGCUCAAGAUGUUCAUCAGAGAGCUCCCCCAGCCUCUGCUCACGCUGCAACAUCUUCCCGCCUUCUCCGCCGCCCAGAAUAUCUCCUCUCCCAAGCACCAGAUCCAGGCCCUUCAUCUCCUCAUUAUGCUGCUUCCUGAAGCCAACAGAGACACGCUCAAGGCUCUGCUGGAGUUCCUGAGGAAGGUGGUGGCCAAUGAGGAGAAGAACCGCAUGAGCAUGUGGAACGUGGCCAUGAUCGUGGCGCCCAACCUGUUCACAGUGCGGGGGAAGAAGGCGCAGGAGGAGGAGAUGGUCGGGGCGGCCGGGGCCGCACACAUGGUGCGACUGCUCAUCACCCACCAGGACCUGCUGUGGACUGUCCCCUGCUUUCUGAUCUGGCACGUGAGGAAGAUGAGCGAGGCGUCAGCGCACAAGAAGACCCCCAGCUCUGACAAGAGCAAGAGGAGGCUGCUGAGGAGGAGGCACACCGAGAGGGAGAAGGAGAGGAGUGAGCUCACUGACCUCCGGGACGGAGUCAUCAGGGUCCAUGCUCCCCAGCACGCCAAGGUCUCCAUGGCGAUACAACUGGACAGCAAGACAAAGGCGCGGGAUGUCAUGGCGCGCUUUGACUAUGAGAAUGGGCGGGGGACCCUUAGCACUAAUCGGAAACAGAAACAGUUUCUGUUUGAGGUCGGAGGAAACCUAGGGGAGCGUUGCCUGGAUCCCGAGACCCCUCUGCUGAAUGUGUACAGAGCCAACCCACAAUGCGAAUGGGUCUUAAAGCAACGGACAACCUGAGCCCAGAACUACCAUCUGCACAAGCGUGCACAAACCAUCAACAACAAGUGUUACUUAUGGAGCCACCUACUGGUCAGCCUCUGAAAUGAACUCGGAUAUGCGGACAGAGGAGGAUUGUUGGUCUGGAUCUGCUAACCGUGUCCAGACUGAACUCUGUCUAAAAAAAAUAAAACGAACAACAGCAGAGGUGUGGACUUGACCUGGCACUGGUGACCCACACCACCUGAAGGAUUUCGCUUCUUUUGUUUUCGUUCCAAGCUUUUUAGUGUUGGAGGAGGGAAUUUCCAGCUUAUCUUCGCCAGACAAUAAGAGGGAAAAAAAGACCAAUCUGGUUUGGGCACUGUGGCAUUUUUCGACACGUGGCGUAUCAGAAUCUGACCGACAGAAAAAAACAAAACUACAAUGCUGGCCAUUGGGAUUCUUUUGUUUCAGUGCCAACGGGCUGCAAGGUGCAAUAGCCCACUCCACUAUUUCUUUUACCAAGCAGAGGCCUUGGCAACCAACCAUGUUUACCACUCUUUCACUCCAGAGACCCAGAGAAGUGUUUGAAGAGAAACAAGAAAAAAAAAAACAAAUGUACAUAUGAUAUUUAUACCACUAAUUUAUCCAACUUUUUUUUUUAUCAUCAUUUAUGGACCAUGUUAAACCACCACUUUUGUACUGUUUUUAUGAACUGCAUGUGUGUAACUGAAGUCAUUAGAACCUAUCACUCUAGUAUAUUAUGUAUGUGCUGUACGUACAGUAUGUCUGACUGUUUGAAUUUAUAGAAAUGUUUACCUCUGCUGAAAAAUGAAGGAAGCUUAUCAUGGCUGAA